AUGCAUGUUCUCGCCUCACCGGCCCCAGAUGGUGUUGUGCUUCGACUCAUGCAACCCCUCGACUACGAGAUGGUUAGCGCUUUCGAUUUUGAGGUGGUGGUGCAGGAUCACGGCACACCACGUUUAGCUUCCACUGCCACUGUCUCUGUGCAAGUUCUAAAUACCAAUGAUCAACCGCCAGUCAUCCGUUUCUUCAACAAAGGCAACUUACUCAACUUUGACUACGCCAGUCUCGAACGAGAGGAAGACACGGACAUUCAAUCACCCAAGGUCAUUUGUCACGUCCACGUUUACGAUCAGGACACCAGUUUGGACGAGGUUUUGUGCGAAAUCACCUCACCUCAACGACUCUUUGAUUUGCGUGAGGUGAGGAGUGAGAACACCAUCCAACGGAGGAAGGUGUACGAGUUGAUAAGCUUGGCGCCCUUAGACCGAGAAAGGGCGCCCAGUUACUUGGUUAAUGUUCGAUGUGUUGAUGGACGAACAGCCACACGAUUGAUUGGUCAAAGUCAAAUUCGUAUCCUCCUCAAGGAUGCCAAUGACAAUCCACCGGUGUUUGAUAAAACUCAAUUCUUUGGCACAGUGGUGGAGAAUGAAGCAAAUGCAAUUGUGGAUUUUAGGGACUCCUUCAUGCAUUAUGGCCACACUUCGAGGCAAUUUAUGAGUACCUCGCACAUUCAUGCAAACGAUGCAGACGCUGGACCGAAUGCUGCCAUCAACUACUCCCUUGCACCAUGGAGACGGGAGGAGGAGGACGGCGAGACCAAUUCAACGGUGGGAGAGAAGAAGGAGGAGGAGGAGGAGGAGGAUUAUGAGUACUUUCACAUUGACAGGAUUACUGGACAGGUGAAAACACGUGUAGCACUGGAUUAUGAGACUAAGUCGUCAUACUACCUUCUGGUGAUUGCUACUGAUCAACCUCUCAACGCUUCACAGGCUCUCUCCUCCACAGCCAAGCUCAUUAUUACCGUGAGUUGUCGUUUUUUGCGUCAAUUUGCCUCCAUUUUAUGA